AUGGCGCUCAGCGACGCAGAUGUUCAGAAACAGAUCAAGCAUAUGAUGGCCUUCAUCGAACAAGAGGCCAACGAAAAGGCCGAAGAAAUCGAUGCUAAGGCUGAGGAGGAGUUCAACAUUGAGAAGGGCCGUCUGGUACAGCAACAGCGGCUCAAGAUCAUGGAAUACUAUGAAAAGAAAGAGAAACAAGUUGAACUCCAGAAAAAGAUCCAAUCUUCGAACAUGCUGAACCAAGCUCGUCUGAAGGUACUCAAAGUACGUGAAGAUCAUGUACGUAAUGUACUUGACGAAGCUCGCAAGCGUCUGGCUGAAGUGCCUAAUGACACCAAGCUGUACUCCGACUUGCUUGUUACACUUAUGGUGCAGGCUCUGUUCCAGCUUGUCGAGCCAGCUGUGACAAUUCGUUGCAGACAAGCAGAUAAAUCUCUUGUGGAGUCCCUCCUGCCACGCACCCAGCAAGACUACAAGGCUAAGAUCAAGAAGGAUGUCGUCUUGAAAGUUGACACAGAAGCAUACCUCCCUGCGGAUACUUGUGGUGGUAUUGAACUCAUCGCUGCCAGGGGCCGCAUAAAGAUUUGCAACACCCUGGAAUCCCGUCUGGAGCUGAUUGCUCAGCAACUGUUGCCAGAAAUCCGUACAGCCCUCUUUGGCCGCAACCCCAACCGUAAAUUCACGGAUUAA